AUGGUUUAUAGAUCCCCUGAACCGACUACUGGUAUCAAAUCUGAUGGAUUCGCUCCUCACAGGUUAAUCAGAACAGAGCAGGUGAACCAUGACGUUAAGAGAUUCACUUUUGCACUCCAGUCAGAAGACGCCUACUGUGGAUUAAACGUCAAUGCGAUCACUAUGCUUAGAUGGCACAAGCCAGGCAACAAAUCAGCUUACUUGCGCCCGUACACACCAACUUCAGAGGUCACCCGUAAGGGUGAAAUUGAAUUCACUAUCAAAAGAUAUGAAGGUGGUAAAAUGACACCACAUUUACACUCAUUACAAGUUGGAGAUACCGUAGAAAUGGGAAAGCAGAUCCAAAAGAUCGAAUACGUUCCAAAUCAAUGGGAUCAUGUCGUAUUGAUCGGUGGUGGAUCAGGAAUUACACCACUUUACCAGCAACUCUUGCACUCUCUCCCAGAUACGUCAGAUAAGACAAAAUUCACACUCAUCUACGGCAACAAAACACCAGCAGACAUUCUCUUGAAGAAGGAGUUCGAUGAGUUUGAAAAGAACUACAAAGAUCGCUUCACAAUGGUAUACACCGUAGAUCAAGCUGAUGACAGCUGGAAAGGACUUACUGGUUUCGUUACAAAGGACUUGAUCGCUCAAUAUGCGCCAUCAAAGGACUCCAAUGUCAAAAUACUUGUCUGUGGUCCACCUGGCCAAAUGAAAGCUGUUUCCGGCACAAAGGCAGAAGACGGCUCACAAGGUGAAGUCGAAGGCGCACUUGCAGAACUCGGUUACGGUACUGACAAGGUAUUCAAAUUCUAA